CGGUGUUAUCGGCGACUUGUUGAUCCCGUCUUUGAGUAUGGAGAUGGAGCUCCACUCGUGGCAGAACGUUCUCAGGAUCUGUGAGGAUGCGGCGGCUUGCGUGCAAGAACGGACUUCGGAGCAGCUCGACACCGUCUUAACCAUCCUCAAAAUAAUUUGUUCCGGUCUACCCGGUGAGACGUCAGCCAGUUUCUACUUAAAGGUGCUCCAUCCCGAGGAGUGUCUGUCAUGCCUCUUAGAGUUUGAGUGCUUCCAAGAGACGCUAAAGAGUAGCCCUCGAGAAUGCACAUCUUUUGCGGAUUCCAUUUUGAAUAUUUCUCGAUUAAGUAAACAGCUUGGCUUGACAUUAGACACAUUAGUGCGACUGAUUCCGAGCCAUGUUGAAGAGAAGAAUAGACUUAUUCAAAAAGUUUUUCAACAUAAAGAUUGGGAGAAUUUUCCAUUAACAUUGAUUGAGCAUUGUUUAUCUGAAGACACUUCACUCUUUGAAUCUCAUUUCGUCGAACUUUAUAAAGACAGGCCUGACGAUACGAUCAUACCGCUUAAAUUGAACCGUUGGCUAUUUUGGUCUUCAAAAUCACCGGCGGUAUUUCAGAUUCUAACUGCCGUCUUGAACGAGUUCCUCUUUGUUACAAAAGACAAACUCUCUACGCUUUUUAUCAUCAGGACGUUCGUCAAGGAACUUUCUAAACUGUGCGAAUCUAUCAGUGCUGAUCUUGUUAGUCUUUACCCAUUCAAGGUGCAAUUCUUAGCCGCAUUACUUACACUGGAUCCAGAUAAUCUUCCUGAAAAUUAUAGAAAUAUCUUUAUUGGAAAAAUUGUACCUUGCCUCAGUUCUUUAGAUGAACUAGACAGAAUGAUCCUUUUAUCACAUUUUCACUCUUGGCAUGUUUAUCUUAAGGAUAAUGUGAGUAAAAAAUUAUUUUAUAUUUAAUUUAUUAUAUUGUAUUUAUAUGAAAAGUUCAGUGUUCUGUGAUAAUUUUGAUAUUUUUCUUAUCCUAUAUUAAAUGUUAGCUUCUAAUUAUUACAAAAUAUUUUUUAAGUAAAUAAGUCAAAAUUUACUACCCUUGUCUUUAAUUUGGUUGUUAACAAAUAAAUGAAUGCAAACACACUGAAUAUGGCGAAAUGUGUUUGACAGACCAACCCAGCAAGGAUAGGCAGGCCAAAAUGAUCCCUAACCGAAUUUCAGGAACGUCUCCUGUAAACAUGGAAAAAUCGCACAACUCUUUAAUGUUAGCUCAUACUUUGACAUAAAAUUUGCAUGUCCUAGAAUAUUCUUGAAAAAAAGUGGCACAAUGUCUGAAACUAUGCAUUCAUCACCCACAAGCACAUGGGGUUUUUGCACCAAAUUCUAAACAAUUUUGAAUCGUACACAGGGUGAGGAUGUUGGUGUCAGAAAAACGUCUUGACAGACAAACCCGGCUAGAACGAGGGAAAAUUUUUCACCUGCAUACUCAUCCUCACCUUUCUUGAGCUUUAGCUCCUAUGAGAUGAAUUAAAAUAAAAGACAGUUCACACAGGAGAAAAUAAACAAUUAGUCGAACAAGACAGU